CGCGAGCCAUCCAGCGGCUGUAAAGCGCUUAGAGGGCGGGACAACGACCUGCCUUGUGCUUUCCGGCUGUCGUGGGAGAGGCAUCUGGGCUCGGACAGGGGCCGCCAUGGGGAAGGUGAAUGUGGCCAAGUUGCGUUACAUGAGCCGAGAUGACUUCAGGGUCUUGACCGCGGUUGAAAUGGGCAUGAAGAACCAUGAAAUUGUUCCCGGCAGUUUGAUUGCUUCUAUAGCCAGCCUUAAACAUGGUGGCUGUAAUAAAGUUUUAAGAGAAUUAGUGAAACAUAAACUCAUAGCUUGGGAGCGUACCAAAACUGUCCAGGGCUAUCGGUUGACAAAUGCAGGAUAUGAUUACCUAGCUUUGAAAACACUUUCUUCUAGGCAAGUAGUUGAGUCUGUUGGAAACCAGAUGGGUGUUGGCAAAGAAUCAGAUAUUUACAUUGUUGCAAAUGAAGAAGGACAACAAUUUGCAUUAAAGCUUCACAGACUAGGAAGAACCUCCUUUCGAAAUCUGAAAAACAAACGUGAUUAUCAUAAACAUAGGCAUAAUGUGUCUUGGCUUUAUUUAUCUCGUCUCUCUGCCAUGAAGGAAUUUGCCUAUAUGAAGGCAUUGUAUGAGAGGAAAUUUCCAGUUCCGAAGCCAAUUGAUUACAAUCGUCAUGCAGUUGUCAUGGAACUCAUAAAUGGUUAUCCACUAUGUCAGAUACACCAUGUUGAAGAUCCUGCAUCAGUAUAUGAUGAAGCUAUGGAACUAAUUGUCAAACUUGCAAAUCAUGGGCUGAUUCAUGGAGAUUUUAAUGAAUUUAAUCUCAUUUUGGAUGAAAAUGACCAUAUCACCAUGAUUGAUUUUCCACAGAUGGUUUCAACUUCUCAUCCCAAUGCUGAGUGGUAUUUUGACAGAGAUGUUAAAUGCAUUAGAGAUUUCUUCAUGAAACGUUUCAGCUACGAAAGUGAGCUUUUUCCAACCUUUAGGGAUAUCAGAAGGGAAGACACUCUUGAUGUGGAGGUUUCUGCCAGUGGCUACACGAAGGAAAUGCAGGCAGAUGAUGAACUGCUUCAUCCAUUAGGUCCAGAUGAUAAAAAUAUUGAAACAGAAGAGAGAUCUGAAUUCUCAUUUUCAGAUGGAGAAGUGGCAGAAAAAGCAGAGGUUUAUAGGUCAGAAAAUGAAAGUGAACAGAACUCUCUAGAAGAAUCAGAGGGCUGCUAUUGCAGAUCAUCGGGAGACCCUGAACAAAUAAAGGAAGACAGUUUAUCAAAAGAGAGUGCUGAUGCACGAUGUUUUGACAUGACUGAAUUCAGUCAAGCUUUAGAAGAAAUAAAAGGGCAGGUUGUUGAAAACAACUCUGUAACUGAAUUUUCUGAGGAGAAAAACAGAACUGAAAAUUACAACGGGCAAGAUGGUCAGAGAGUUCAAGGAGGAGUCCCUGCUGGCUCUGAGGAGUAUGAAGAUGAGUGCCCUCAUCUAAUUGCCUUGUCAUCAUUAAACAGAGAACUCAGGCCUUUCAGAGAUGAAGAAAAUAUGGGAGCUAUGAAUCAGUACAGAACAAGAACUCUGAGUAUCACUUCUUCAGGCAGUGUUGUAAGCUGUUCAACAAUUCCUCCGGAACUGGUAAAACAGAAGGUGAAACGUCAGUUGACAAAACAGCAAAAAUCAGCUGUCAGACGUCGAUUGCAGAAAGGAGAAGCAAAUAUAUUUACCAAGCAACAUAGGGAAAACAUGCAAAAUAUCAAAUCAAGUAUGGAAGCAGCUAGCUUUUGGGGAGAAUAAUAUAUUUAGGAUCUUGGAUAUGUUUAAUAUAUUUUUUAAAGUUACUGUAAUUCCUUUUUGAGCUCUCAUUUGUCUUUUUUGAGCCAAGGUUAUCAUAUAUUAAUAAACAAACAAACCCUCUUUCAUCUAUAAAUUUGGGUCAUUCAGUAUGUGUCUUGCAAAGAAUAAUUACCUGCCAAAGCAGUCCAUUUUUUCAAAGUAAUUUGGGUAACUAAAGUUAAAUAAAUAACUUUAUUAGAGAUAUUUGCAUAUUUUAAAAAAUCUAAACAUUUUUGUUGUUUUCUGUUUGUUGAGGAUUAUAUGAUACAAUGCACAUAAAGCAAUUAGAACAAUGUUUAGCACAUUAUAAGCAUUCAAUAAAACAUGGCUAUUAGAAUCAUUAUAAUGAUUCUGAAAUUCUGCUGACAACUUGGUUGCAUUUUAUUUGGCAACUGGAGGAAUUCACUGCCUUAUUUUUCUUUAGAAGUAAAGAUAAGCCUUUGGAAGUAAAGAUAAGCCAGUAAUGUAUAAUUUGCUUAAUUAAUUGAUUAAUUAAUAAUCUGUUGUAUGCCACUUACAUUGGUAAUGUGGUCAUGAGAAUGGAAACUUACUUGAGAUAGUCCACCACAAUUUUUCUAGUUGGCAGCUUGUAAGCAGGCCUGAGUAUCAGAAGAGUUAGGGGUGGGGAAAGUGGAGUAGAAUGAAGAAUGAAAUGUUCUUUCUCAUAUGCUUAUGUAAGUGGGUCCAGAACAUGUUCUUACCUCAAUGUUAACAAAUACCUAAUUCAGGAAAGAAAAUACAUAGCCAUGGUCCCUUCCUCAAGGACUUUAUAAUUCAGUGAGAUGUAAAGAUGAGUGCUUAAGUGUAUGCACCUGAUUAUUGUCUCUUCAUUGCCACAUAAGCGGGAAAAAGGGAUCAAUCACUUGCAGCGAAAAAUGGCCAUUAGAUGGCAAUAUCACCCCACAGUCACCAAACAGAAUUACUUGAAUCCCUAAUUAUGUUCUACCAGAGGGAAUAUAGUACAGACUUUUCCAAGAUUGAUAAAGACAGCAGAUUCUGUUUCACCUUUGCCAAAUUAACUCUACUAGCUAUUUGCAAGACCUGUCAUUAUCUAAUAAAUUGGUUUAAAUAUAUAGAAGCUAGAAAAUGCCAAUUCCUGUUCCCUCGAAAAUUAGACAUUGAGAUAUUUAAGUACCCCUGCUUUGCAUUUUACAUAUAUCUUUGAAUUCAGGUAUUCAUUUUGUAUAAUCUCUCGACUUUUAAGCAUUUUUAUAGUGUAAAGUUGAAAACAGCUUAAUAGAACCACAGGGUGUUUAUUUUGGAAUCAUUUUCUUAUAUUCAGAGUGAUGAAAGCAAAUUGGGAAUAAAGCCUUAUCCUGCUCAGCUUUA